UACCCGGGGGCAACUUAGUCAGCGCUGUGAGCUAAAUACCCCCUCCUCACGGAGGGGGCGAAAAAAGGGGGGUUGCAGUGAGAAAAGGGGGGUUGCACCCAGUCCCCGCCCUGUCCUACUUUUUAUUACAUUCUCACCAAAAACAAGCAAUUAUUUGGACACGUUAUCGACAGAUAUCAACAGCAACCAAACUGCCUACCCUACUUCAACCCUUCAAUAUGCCCCGCCAAUGUGAUAAGAAUAUGACUGCUGCCAAAAAGGCUACCAAAGUGAUAUUCGCCGCCCAGCAACGGGCCGGCCGAUUCAACCGGCCUGGCAAGGAGCCGUCUGCCGUACCCUCUAUCCGCCAACUUGCCCGGCAGUAUAAUAUAUCUAAUACUUCUAUUCACCGGCAUCUCCGGGCUCUUCGGGCUGGCCGUAACCUUCGCGCUAGCCCGGAUGAGGGCGGCCGGCCCCGGUCACUUACGGAGGCCGAAGAUGUAGCUCUCGGCGCAUUCGUUAUAUGGCUCCACAAGUCCGGCUUUCCAGCCCUGCCGUUACAGGUCAAAGAAACAGCCAACUACCUCCGCAGUAUCCGGGGCCAGCCGCCCGUCUCCAAGCACUUCGUUCGGAGCUGGCUUGCCGACCAUCCGGAGCUCCAGAAGAAGGGCGCCAUUAAGCCGGUUAAGUUAUACCAGAAGAGGGCCAAGUUAGACCCGGCUCCAGUAGAGGACUUCUUUGCCCAGUACCAGGCUGCCCUCCGCGACCAUAAUAUUGGCCCAUCCGAGAUAUAGAACGCCGAUGAAUCCGGCUGCCGGAUUGGUUGCCUUGGCAGCCGGCUUCACGUGAUUAUCCUUAAGCGGCCGCCAAAAUAUAACUGCCUGCCUGAAGUCGUAGAUCCAGCUAAUCAAGAGUCAUGUACGUUAGUUAGGUGUAGCAAUGCAACUAGCGACACUAUCCCAGUAUAUAUAAUCUUUAAAACGUGGCUAGUUACUGCUUGGGCAGAUUAUUAGGUCCAAGAAGGUGUCCGCUUUGCACAUUCGCCAACUAGCUUCUCUAACUAAGAGGUUAUAAUGGAUUAUAUACAGCACUUUAACACAGAGUCAUACGCAAGGUCAGCAAAGUAUUGCCAGAUAGGCCACUCCUUUGGGGACUAUUUUAG